CGAAUAUGCGCCGGACGUGUCUUUGAUGACCAACGGUUCCAACCCAGAGUUAACGAAACCUCACAAAACCUCACAAAACCUCAUAAGUCCUCUCGAAUAUCUCAUAUGCUAUCAUCCCUACCAAUCCUGCUCCUAUCAUUCCCAUGAACUCAACAGCUCGUCACAUCGCAAGGAAGAUCGCAACCCACCCCGAGACCAAGUCCUUUGCAAAGUCUGUCCAGAGAAACAUGGCGUCCGGCACUCCCUCCGAAACGGCAAAGGUCCAGGCUAACGCUGGGGCCGACGCGCCCACCUUUGAGUCCAUCGGCAUUAAGAACAGCGAUAUUGUCCAAAAGUCUGGGGUAUCACUGUCGCAGCAGCAGAAGGUCCUGGUCGGCAGCGUGCUAGAUCUCUUUGAGGGUAACCCUACCCUGAAGCACCUAUCUUUGUGGUCCAAGACGGCUACGUUUCAGGACAACAUCACCGUCGCAGAGGGGUACGACAAGUUCGCCGCCCAGUGGUACGGCCUUCCGGCGCUGUUCAACCCCAUCAGGAUCCAGUCGCACACCGUCACGUCGGCGGGUAACCCCAUCGAGCUCGAGCUGAAGAACAGCUACACGGUCAAGGGCAUCAAGACCGAGCAGACCAUGGAGAGUGUCGUGCAGAUUCAGGUCGGCGACGAUGGCAAAAUCAUCAAGGUCAACGACAAGUGGAACAAUGAUCUUCCCGAGGGAGCAUUCUCUCAGGCAUUACGCAAGCUCAACGCUGUCACUGUACCGGCAUUUGUUAAGGUUCCCAAGACGGAGGAAGAGGACCAGAAACUGAAGGCCGAGCGAGAGAAACAGUGAAAAUGCAUGUAACUCUAAGGUAGCAAACAUACACGAAGAUCAGGUGUCUUUGCCCCAAGCUGUCUGGCCUGCAUCACCCGGGGAUUCGCAAAGUGUCUUAUACCCCGAUUAAGCCAUCCGAGUGCUUGACUUUACUUGGAAAUCAAAUCGAGCUUGCAGCACACAAUAGUAACUAACGGUGAAUGAGACCCUGGUCACUCCAUUGUAAGCGGCUUAGUCGGCGGCAGCACAUAGAGAACCAAACUUGUCGCACCAUGUAUAGCGCUAUGGAAGGGCGAAAACUACGUUGCAUUUGCCUAAUAUGAGUCCGAUAUCUUCGAUUGAAGACAUGAUGGGGCUCAUGCUUUCGAAUGGAGUGGCAACUAUUGUGGACAUUUAUUUGUUAUCAAAAAAGUUUGCUUCUGUAUUGGUCAUGUGGUAGCUCACGACACAAGCCGUUGAUGCUUGGUAGUCGCUUCACCUGACACCAGGAUAGCUGGACACUCGGACUACAAGUCGCUAGAUCUGGUUGUAACCCCUCUAAAGGACCCUGCACGUUCUCAAUGACCAGCUAUGACUCAUGGAUUCACUUGUCAAGGUCUUGUUACAGCAC